CAUUCAGAAACCAUAUGUGCCUUGCCCACUUCGCCCCCUCCGUCCAGGCUAUUCUGCAACCAUCCCAAACCUCAACACCGACUUAACGCAGACUUCUUUUACUCAAAAGAAGCCCCUAACCCCCCUCUCUUUCGUGGUUGUUGCAUUUGUACUCGUUACACACACGAGCCUCUUUUGCUUUGUGACUGACAUUGAAUCCUUGAUUUCCACACGAAGCGGGGUAGACGGACAUUCCCACACAUUCCUUUGUAUUUGAGGCCUGCACAAAUAAUCAACUCCCUUCCCAUUUUGUUGCCUCUUUGCAUCACGACGUAGAAAAAAAGCAUCAAGAUGGUUUCCGCAUCCAAAGAGAAGAGACUCGCUAAGAAGGCCGCCGAUGCCGCCGACGGCAAGGGUGAAAAGAAGACGCUUGUCUCCAGAUCCAAGGCUGCCUCCAAGGCUGCCUCCAAGCACGCCUCCAAGAACGCCUCCAAGAACGCAAGCGCUGCAGGGUCUGUCGCCGGAGACGAGACACCUCCUAAUCUCGAAGAAGAUGUUGCGACCGACUCCAAGAAGAUGGAGCAGGUCAAGCGCCUCGCUGACCAGAAAGAUAAGGAUGGCCUUACCGACCGAGUCACGACCGGAGUUCUGGCAUCCACCGAAGCCAGCAAGGACGUCAAGAUCAUCAGUGCCAGUCUCACCUUCCACGGCCGAGUCCUCAUGACCGAUACCACCCUCGAGCUAACCAUGGGCCGUCGUUACGGUCUUCUUGGUGAGAAUGGCUGUGGAAAGAGUACCCUUCUUAAGGCCAUCUCAGAGCGCGAGUACCCCAUCCCCAAACACAUCGACAUCUACCUCCUCAACCAAGGUGCGCCACCUAGUGACUUGGGUGCCCUGGAAUGGGUGCUGAAGGAGGCCGAGAACGAGAUGAAGCGUUUAGACGACCUUGCCGAGAAGAUGUUGGAAGAGGAGGGGCCUGAAAGCCCCAUGCUGCUCGACCUCUACGAUCACAUGGAUAAGAUGGAUCCUUCCACAUUUGCCACCAGAGCUUCCCUCAUCUUGACCGGUUUGGGCUUCAACAAGCAAACCAUUCAUAAGAAGACCAAGGAUAUGUCCGGUGGUUGGCGUAUGCGAGUCGCCCUCGGAAAGGCUCUUUUCGUCAAGCCGUCUCUGCUUCUGCUCGAUGACCCAACCGCCCAUUUGGAUCUUGAGGCCUGUGUGUGGCUGGAGGAGUACCUGAAGAAGUGGGACCGCACUCUUGUUCUUGUAUCUCACUCGCAAGAUUUCUUGAAUGGCGUGUGUACCAACAUGAUCGACAUGCGAAAGCAGCAGCUCAUGUACUACGGUGGUAACUUCGACUCCUACACCAAGACCCGCUCGGAACAAGAAGCAAACCAGAUGAAGGCGUAUGAGAAGCAACAAACUGAAAUUGAACACAUUAAGAAGUUCAUCGCCAGUGCUGGUACUUAUGCCAAUUUGGUCAGGCAAGCGAAGUCGCGCGAGAAGAUCCUGCAGAAGAUGUAUGACGACGGUUUGAUUGAAAAGGUCGAAGCAGACAGAGAGUUUAAGUUCCGCUUCGCCGAGGCCGACAAGCUGCCUCCGCCGGUUCUGUCAUUCGACAAUGUCACCUUCUCGUACUCGGGAGAGGCAAAGGACGACUUGUACCGCAACAUCGACCUUGGUUUCGACAUGGACUCCCGUACCGCUCUGGUCGGUCCCAAUGGUGUCGGAAAGUCAACUCUGCUGCGCCUCAUGACUAACAAGCUCAGCCCGACGAACGGAACCGUUGGACGACACACCCACUUGAAGCUUGGCGUGUACUCUCAACACAGUUCUGAGCAGCUCGACCUGACCAAGAGCGCACUCGACUUCGUCCGCGACCGAUACCGAGAGAAGUCGCAAGAUUACCAAUACUGGCGCCAGCAGCUCGGAAAGUACGGUGUUUCUGGUAACACACAGACGGCGCUCAUGGGUACUCUAUCGGAGGGCCAAAAGAGCCGGAUCGUCUUCGCCCUUCUGGCCAUUGAUGGCCCCAACAUGUUGUUGCUCGACGAACCUACGAACGGUCUCGAUAUUCCCAGUAUCGACGCACUCGCGGAUGCUAUUAACCAUUUCGAUGGCGGUGUCAUCGUAGUCAGUCACGACUUCCGGCUGCUCGACAAGAUUGCCAAGCAGAUUCUGGUGUGCGAGAACAAGACUAUCAAGGCGUGGGAUGGCACGAUAGGUGACUACAAGAACUACCUGCGUAAGAAGAUGUUAGCUGCCGGCGCCGUGUAAAUGGGAUGGCGAGGAAAAUAAUGUUUGGCGCAAUCGUUUGGCAUUACGUGAUGGCUUGACUUAUCGCACUGGAUGCAGUUCGAUGAGGGGAAAACUUAGGACGCGGCUCGCCUUAUAGAUUGGGAAGUUUGCAUGCGUAGAGCCGCAGCCUAGAUGCGAGGACCGGAGUUGCCCUACGAUAGGGGUAAAAACUUCGGCAGGUUUCGGAAUAGACUGUGAUUCAUACACAGCCGGCAUGGAUUUUGACCUGGCAUUCGUUUAAUAUGUGAAUUAAAUUGGCCGCAAUGCCUUGCAUCAUGCCCUAGAGGAACGUGGAUGGCGAAGUUAAGUAGAGAACAUCCUAGCACUUAUUCGUAACGGUGACUUUGUAUUCACCUUAUUAGACUAACCCGUG